AGAAAGGAGGGAGACUCAUCCAAAUUCCCAGACUAAGUGUCCACAGGGAGGAAGAAGAAAGCUCUGAACAGGCAGAAGUGGGGGAAAGAGUGUCUGAUUUCAAUCCCUUCAAACCAGCCAUUCAGAGAACAUCAGGAUGUCAGGGGGUUGCCUCAGGCUCCUAUUCUGUGCCCUGUGCAGCUUAAGGGCCAUCCAAGCCUUCCCCAAUGCUUCCCCCCUGCUCAGCCUUGGCUGGGGGGGUCUGACUCACCUCUAUACGGCCACAGCCAGGAACAGCUACCACCUGCAGAUCCACAAAGAUGGCCACGUGGAUGGGUCUCCUCAUCAAACCAUCUAUAGUGCCUUGAUGAUCAGAUCAGAGGAUGCUGGGCUAGUCAUAAUAACUGGUGUGAUGAGCAGGAGAUAUCUCUGUAUGGACAUUAGGGGCAACAUCUUCGGAUCGCAUUUCUUCAGCCCAGACAACUGCAGGUUCAAACACCGGACAUUAGAAAAUGGGUAUGACAUCUAUCACUCUCCCCAGAACAACUUCCUGAUCAGCCUUGGCAAGGCAAAGAGGGCCUUCCUACCAGGGAUGAACCCACCUCCUUACUCCCAAUUCCUGUCUCGGAGAAAUGAAAUCCCCAUAAUACACUUCAAUACACCUGAACCCCACCGGCAUACCAGGAGUGCUGAGAACAGUCCUGACUUGGACCCAAUGAAUGUGCUGAAACUCCGACCAAGGAUAACUCCCUGCUCCCAGGAACUUCACAGUGCUGAAGAGAACAGUGUAGUGGAUGAUGACCCUUUGGAAGUACUCAGAAAUAGCAAUAGAUUGAAGCCCUAUCCUGGCAGGAUGAGUUUGGAAAGAUGCCUCCAUGUCCCCAAGGCAGCUUAAGUGGACUACAAAAAUUCCUUUUUCAUCAUCCCUAAUUCAUUUUUUUUAGCAGCUAGCCUGUCUUUAAGGGGUUCAGACUCUUUAAACUUUAAAGAACAAGGGAGGGAUCAUUUUUCCCGACCCCCUUACUAUCUUAGGACCCCAUGAAAAUUAAACCUGGAAUACUGUGCUAAGCCCUAGACUUAAUGGUAAAGUUCUACUCUCUUUUGCACCUUGACUUGACAUUCCAAUCAAGAACCUAUUGUGGGAUGUUUCUCCCUCCUACCCCCCGACCCCCUUCAUCUUUAAUCUACUGUUAGAGGCUCUACUUUCAACAGAUUUUGGCACACUAAUAAUAUCACUCCUGUAACUUCUUCCAGUUUAAAAUGAUGGAAGAUACAUAGGUGGUAGGAGAAUGCACUGGCUGAAAAACAAGUAAGACUUGGUCCUAAAGUGGACAACCAAACUUUGCCCAACCCGAAGCCAACAUGUGCUCUUCUGUGUCCAUAAUCUUUAUCAUCAUGCUUCUACACUGCAAAUCAGGAUGAGAUCUGUAAAAUUAAAAAUCCCUCCUCAAUCCCACAUGUAAUCUUGAGACAUCCCCUUAUAAAAGCCCUUUAUUUGCUUAUGACAAGUUACUAUCCCGACUAGAUCCACUUAUCUUAUUCCUUGAGCCCCUUCUAAGGACUCUCAUUGGGAGGAGUUGUUUUGAAAAGCAAGCAGAAGUUGGUUAAUAUUGAAAAAUUUUAUCUAUUUGGUACCAAGAAGGUACCAGGAAACACGCUAGAAAUAACCACAGUUCUCUGACAGAGUGGGAUAGAUUGCUAUUCACUCCCUUAUUACAUUAUAGGCCAGGCCAGAGGGGUCACUUCCAACUUAGCAAAAGUCAGGCAAAGACAGAAGAUUAAGCAUUUUCCAGUCUUGAAAAUCAAAACACUCUAUGCACUUUUUCAAGGAACACUGAACCUUUGUAUUUUACUAGCCUAUUUUUUUUUUUCAAGCUGACCUUAAUUUAAAGUCAUUCAGUUCAGUCUGCAGCUUCUCUUUGCAAUAAGAAUAAAUUUGAAGUCUUCAGAAGUUUUUAACAAACUUCCUUAUCCAAGGUUGGUAACACUAUUCUGGAUGGUCAUAAAAAUGUUAGUGUGUACAAAGGGAAGUUGUUCAAAGUUUUCUGUGGCUCAGCAGAUUUCCAAAGACCUUUCUGAAAGGCCAAUUUUAGUCUUGAAGUUAUUCACAGAGAUCAGACCAGGCUGCCCAUCUUUAAUUCAAUUCAGUUCAAAAACAAAAAUUAAUUAAAUGACUCUUGUUUGGCACUGUACAAAGCAUCAGGGAUAGAAGAGCAAAAGGAAAACCCUCUCCCUUCAAAGAGUUUAAAUUGUAUCGAUAGUGGAUAAUCUGAAGAAAUAUCAAAGAGGACAACAGUGAAAUCCUUAUCUGUUUUUCUUCUCAAUGGGCUAGGAAUGUGUGUGCUUUCUUUCCCUCCUGCAACACUGGCUUGAGCAUUACCCUAAAGAUGAGGCAUUCUAUUAACUCCAAUUUUGCUGAUUGCUUUCAUACUAAAAGCAUCACUUCUGUGGCUUCCCUGAGCUUAAGAUGAAGAAUGGAAGAUGAUGAGUACACUGGCUGCAAAA